AUGAGGACCCUCGCCCUCCUCGCUGCCCUUCUUCUCUUGGCCUUCCAUGCCCAGGCUGAGCCCCUGGGAGAGAAAGAUGACCAGGUUCCUGCUCAGGACCAGCCUGGAGCCGACGUCCAGGGGAUGACCAUCUCCUUUGAGGGGGCCGAACGCUCCACUCGAGAUGCUGCAGGCUCUAGGCCAGGUCUUAUCUGCCACUGCAGCUCCUUUUGCCAAAGACCUUAUAAGCAAGAGGGGAUCUGUACCAGAGGCAAACUCAAAAGGCUUUGCUGUCGUCCUGAUGGUCGUCGUGGUCCUCGCUGAGCUUUGUGGAUUGAGACCCAAAGCAGCAAAGGAUUCUAUUUUAAGACCUGCAAAAGGGUUUACUCUUUCUACCUUCAAUUUUUCUUAAAUCUUCUCCAAAAUAAACUUCCAGCGUUGAA